AUAUUAGCAUAACAAACAUUACCGGUGGUGGAAAAAUAUGAUCAUGAAACAGUGCGUUGAAGCAAUUCUUUCUUUAGUUUCCGUUAAAUCAGUUCUUAAUCGAGAAAGUGUGAAAGAAAAUCAUCUUUAUCAUGCUGUGCUUUCUGCUGUUCUUGAACCAUUAUCAAACUUCUCAGAGCGGACGAAAACUGAUGAUAAAAUCAUUGCUACGAAUUUAAUAAAAAUCGGCGUGCUGUAUGAUACUGUGUAUAAUCGUUUGCAUACAGGGCAGUGGAAUGCAGUUGCGCCAGCAGAAAGAGAAAUGUUUACUGUCCUAACAUUCGUAAGGAUAAUCUAUACGUUGUGGAUAUCAACAAGUAAUGCGGAUUCGGUAAAAGAUAGCAUAUAUUUGGCCGAUCUCGGACUUAUGCUAGGAUAUCCGAUAGAGGCACAAUGCAAUAGUGGUACUAUCGAUUUACUCACAGAGACCGCAUCUUUACUCACGAAUUAUUUAUCUGAAAUAGUUAAGGAAGAACCCAGCCCUCGAAAACGAUUGAAACUGGAUGCUAAGUUAGAAGACGUUAGCAUGAUUGAAAGCCACAUAAGCAACAUCCCCGUAUUGAUGUGUCCUUCGGUACAAGUAUUUGGCAACAUUACGAUCUGAAGCAACCCGCGGUUCUUAGAGGAAUAAUCGAAGAUUGGCCGGCAAUGAAACGAUGGCACGAUCC